AUGACAUUUUCUAAAGUGAAAUAUUCCUGCGGUAAAAUAGUCUCCCAAUCAGAUCUCUGGGUGGAGACUACUGGAGAAAAAGAAAAUAUUAAGAAUUGGAAAAGAAUAGCUACUUGGAAUGUUAGAACCAUGUUGCAAUGCGGGAUACUAGAAAACUUGAAAAUAAAAAUGGCAAGAAUGAAGAUUGAUAUCCUUGGCCUGUCAGAAAUGAGAUGGUCAAGAGCUGGAGAUCUAUGGAGUGGGAAAUACAGGUUGAUACAUACAGGAACUACAAAAAAUAACCCAGGAAUUAGAGGGGUAAGCAUAAUAAUGAGUAAGGCUAUUGGAAAUAAAGUUAAAGGAUAUGUACAGUACAAUGAAAGAAUAAUAUUGGUUAAAAUCGAAGCGAAACCUAAUGAUACAAUCAUAGUUCAAUCAUUGAUACAAUCAAGUCUACAUGCCUACUUCUAA